GCCCGCCCGUCCACCAUGAGCCGGUUGAAGCCGUCCAAGUUCCGGCACACGGAGGCGCGGGGGGCCGCCCGCCGACAGGCCUGGAUCGGCGACAUCCGAGCUGGAACGGCCACAUCCUAUGGCAAUCACAUCAAGUCCAGCUGUCACCUGAUCGCGUUCAGCUCGGACCGGGCUGGUGUCCUGGGCAUUGUGCCCCUGGAAAGCCAAGGUGGGGACAAGAGGUCUGCGGCUCACCUGGGUUGCCAUUCCGAUGUGGUGACCGACUUCGAUUUCUCUCCGUUUGAUGACCUCUUACUGGCCACGGGCUCGGCGGACAGAACGGUGAAGCUUUGGCAACUGCCCGAGGCGGGCAGAGACCUACCCUCCGUCCCCGCGGUGACACUGGGCCCCGAAGCCUGCCCGGUGGAGGUGCUUCAGUUCCACCCCACUGCAGGUGGGGUGCUGGGGAAUGCGGCCGGCAAGACCGUGAAGGUCUGGGAUUCAGCCCAGCAGCAGCCUCUCACUGAGCUGGAAGCCCACAAGGACCAAGUCCAGAGUGUGGCCUGGAGCCCAGAUGGUGCCCUCCUUGGCACAGCUUGUAAAGACAAGCAGCUGCGGAUCUUUGACCCCAGAGCCAAGCCUGCAGCCUCCCAGACCACCGAAGGCCACAGGAACAACAAGGACUCCCGACUAGUCUGGACUCACUCCAACGAGCACGUGCUCUCGACUGGAUUCAGUCAGAUGAGAGAGCAUGAAGUCAAACUGUGGGAUACAAGGCGCUUCUCCAACUCCCUGGCCUCCUUCGUCCUCGAUACUUCACCGGGGUCGCUGAUCCCACUGCAGGACCCGGACUCAGGACUCCUGGUUCUAGCUGGAAAGGGAGAGAAUCUCCUGUACUGCUACGAAGUGUUUCUGACGCAGCCCAGCCUCAGCCUGGUGAAUCAGUGUGUCCUGGAGACCAGAACCCGGGGGGCGGCCCUGGUGCCCCGCAGGGCCCUGGACGUCCUGGCCUGUGAGGUGCUGCGUCUCCUCCAGCUCAGCGAGAGUGCCAUCGUACCCAUCAGCUACUGCGUGCCCCGCAAGACGGUGGAGUUCCACGAGGAUCUUUUCCCCGAUGCCGCAGGCUGUGUGCCAGCCACCAUCGGGCAGAGCUGGUGGGCUGGAGACAACAAGCAGGUACAGAGGGUGAGCCUGAACCCCUCCCGACGUGCCCACGCCAGCUUCACAUCCUCCAUAGGCCAGGGGGCUCCCACCCCCGAGGCCCGGCCUCAAGAUGUGCCCGCCGGAGAUCCAGAAGCCAGCGGCAGCAGCCUCUCCUCCCCACCCAGCUCGCUCACCUCACCGUCUACACCCUCCAGCCCGGGCCCCUCGAUCUCCAGCACCAGUGGCCUCGGCACCAGUUCCAGCCAAAGGUCACUGCAGAGUCUGCUGGGCCCUACCUCCAAGUUCCGCCACGCCCAGGGCACCGUGCUACACCGCGACAGCCACAUCACCAACCUCAAGGGGCUCAACCUCACCACACCAGGGGAGAGCGAUGGCUUCUGUGCCAACCGCCAGCGGGUAGCCCUGCCUCUGCUGAGCACAGGAGGGCAGAUCGCAGUCCUAGAGCUGCAGAAGCCGGGACGACUCCCCGACACGGCGCUACCCACCCUGCAGAAUGGGGUGCCGGUCACCGACCUCGUCUGGGACCCCUUCGACCUGCACCGCCUGGCUGUUGCCGGGGAAGAUGCCAAGAUCCGGCUGUGGCGCGUGCCCCCCGGGGGUCUUCAGGAGGUGCUCACCAAGCCUGAGGCGUUGCUUCUGGGGCACACGGAGAAGAUCUACUCCCUGCGUUUCCAUCCUCUGGCGGCCGACGUGCUGGCCUCCUCCUCCUACGACCUGAGCGUGCGGCUGUGGGACCUGCGGGCCGGGGCCGAGAAGCUGAGGCUGCAAGGCCACCGCGACCAGAUCUUCAGCCUGGCCUGGAGUCCGGACGGGCGGCAGCUGGCCACGGCGUGCAAGGAUGGGAAGGUUCGGAUCUACGAUCCCCGGAAUGGCCCCGAGCCGCUGCAGGAGGGCCCUGGCCCAGAGGGUGGCCGUGGUGCUCGUGUGGUCUGGGUGUGCAGUGGCCGCUGCCUGCUGGUGUCCGGCUUUGACAGUCGGAGUGGCCGCCAGCUGCUCCUGUAUGGGACGGAGUCUCUGGCCGGGGGCCCCUUGGCCGUCCUGGGCCUCGAUGUGGCGCCUUCAACUCUGCUGCCCAGCUACGACCCGGACACGGGUCUCGUCCUUCUCACCGGCAAGGGCGACACACGGGUCUUUGUGUACGAGCUGCUUCCCGAGGCCCCCUUCUUCCUGGAGUGCAACAGCUUCACCUCUCCUGACCCCCACAAGGGCCUUGUCUUCCUGCCCAAGACAGAGUGUGAGGUGCGAGAGGUGGAGUUUGCCCGGGGCCUGCGUCUGCGUCAAACCUCCAUAGAGCCCGUCGCCUUUCGUCUCCCCAGGGUCAGGAAAGAGUUCUUCCAGGACGACGUAUUCCCCGAGACGGCCGUGUGCUGGGAACCUGUGCUCACGGCGGCCGCCUGGUUCGGGGGUGCCAACGGGCAGCACCGCCGCCACAGCCUGCGCCCUGCCGACAUGACCCCAGUAAGCCAGGCGCCCCGAGAGGCUCCGGCCCGGCGGGCCACCCCAUCGGCUGUGUACCUGGAAGAGAAGUCGGACCAGCAGAAGAAGGAGGAGCUUCUGAGUGCCAUGGUGGCCAAGCUGGGAAACCGGGAGGAUCCGCUCCCACAGGACUCCUUUGAGGGAGUGGACGAAGAUGAAUGGGACUAGUCCUUCCUGCCGCCUGCCCCGCCUGAGCCCGCAGCUACCUCCUUGCCCAAGUGUCCGGCGCCCGCCCGCUCUGAGCCUCAUCGUUGAACUGGAAGAUUCCCCUCUGAUUCCCAGCGGGCCCCCGGCCCGGCCUUGGAGCGGGGCUCGACCUGACGCUUCCCAGACACCCUCAGGUCCUUCCCAACUCCCAGCGGGAUGGUGCUGGCACCCUCACGCUGCCCGGGGGCCCGAUUCCUGCAUCCCUCAUUUGGCUUCCUAAGACCCCAGCCCCACUGCCUCAGAAGCCUCGGGUCUGGCAUCUUGGGAAGCCCCCCACCCCCUGAACCGUCUGGUUUCUUGCCUUGCUCUCGCCUGAGCCGUGACCUUGACAAACCCGAGCUACCCUGCUAAAUCUCUCUGGGGUUCUGCAUUGGUUGGGGGGGCCUGGAGGAAGGUCGUGACCUUGCUAGAGCUGAGGGAGCUGCCGGGGACCCCUGGCUGCCUCUCCUCUGCCGAGGGCUCCUUCCUCUUGGGGGGAUGAACCCUUCCCCUUGCUCCAGGCCGGCCUUCCCCCUCAGACCUCCUUUCCCACUGCCCAGGUUGGGAAGAGCCCAGAUUCCCAGUUCCACUCCAGUUCCCCCAGGCUCACGACCAACCAGCACCCGACUGUGCUGGGGUGGUGGGUCUGGGCUAGGGCCGGGACCAGAGGGACCGACCAAGCCACGAGGAGAAGAGCCUCACCGGCGACAGGCUUUUGAACACACCCAAUACCUCGGCCAUUAAACUUUUGUAAGCAGA